AAUGCACACACACAAGAGUUCUUGAGCAUGUCCUCAUGUUCUCUUGCGGAGACAUCCAAGCCCACCACCACACCAUAACAAAAGAGAGCCAAAAAUGAGAAGCACUACUUCCAUUUUCACCAUCAUAAGAAUCUGAUCCCCCCCAAAAAAGCUAAAGAUUACCAACUUUUCUCACCACUUUUUCCUCUCUCUCUCUCUCUCUCUCUCUCUCUCUCUCUCUCUCUCUCUGUAAGAGGGCUGAGUUGGGUGCGUUUGCAUGAUGCUCAAAAUGGUCGAUCCAGGGAAGAGGACAGUGCUUCUUGUGCUGCUCAUCAUGAUGAGCAGUGUUUGGGCGGAGGACAGGCUCAUAAACCCAUCAAAGCUGGAGAUGUUCGUGGACAAGCUUCCGGACAUGCCCAAGGUCCAAGGUUUCGACGUCGUGGGUGGUGUUCCUAGGCCCAAAUCCCUGAAUAUUGGCAUGUACGAGAUACGCUGGAAAUUCCAUAGGGAUGUCCCCUCGACCCCGGUGUUCGCCUACGGCACAUCGCCCGCCACCGCCACGGUUCCCGGCCCCACCAUCGAGGCCCUCCACGGCGUCGACACUUACGUGACGUGGCGGAACUACCUCCCCACGAAGCACAUCCUCCCGUGGGACCCGACCAUCCCGACCGCGGUGCCGCGCACCCGGAGGGGCAUUCCCACCGUGGUUCACCUCCACGGCGGGAUCGACGAGCCCGAGAGCGACGGGCACUCGCACGCGUGGUUCACCGCCGGGUUCCGAGAGCGGGGGCCCAUGUGGACCAAGGAGAAAUACCACUACCCCAACAAGCAGCAUCCCGGGAACAUGUGGUAUCACGAUCACGCCAUGGGGUUGACCCGGGUCAACCUAUUGGCCGGCUUGAUCGGGGCCUACAUCGUCCGCCACCCGGCGGUGGAGUCGCCGCUCGGGCUCCCGGCCUGCGACGAGUUCGACCGCCCGCUGGUGGUGUUCGACCGGAGCUUCCGCGUGGACGGCUCCAUAUACAUGAACUCCACCGGAAACAAUCCCUCCAUACACCCUCAGUGGCAGCCGGAGUACUUCGGCGACGCGAUCAUAGUGAACGGCAAGGCGUGGCCUUACAUGGUGGUGCGGCGCCGUCAGUACCGGUUCCGCAUCAUCAACGCCAGCAACGCGAGGUUCUUCAGAUUCUUCUUCACCAACGGGCUGGAGAUCGUUCACGUGGCGGCCGACUCGGCGUACCUCGAGGAGCCCGUCGCGGCCAACGGGACCCUCGUGGCCCCGUCCGAGAUCGUCGACGUGGUGGUCGACUUCUCCAAGUCGAAGUCCGACCACGCCGUCCUGGCCAACGACGCGGCGUACCCGUACCCGUCGGGGGAUCCGGUCAACGAAGCCAACAGCAAGGUCAUGAAGUUCAUCAUCAAGAAAGACCCGGAGGUCGACCCGACGAGGAUACCGGAGAAGCUUAUCGAGUACCCGGCGGCGGACCCAUCGGCGGCUUCGCGCACGCGGUACAUCGCGAUGUACGAGUACACGAGCGACGCCGACGAGCCGACGCACCUGUACCUGAACGGCAAGCCGUUCGACGAUCCGGCCACGGAGACGCCGGCGGCGGGGUCGACGGAGGUGUGGCACGUGAUCAACCUCACGGAGGACAACCACCCGCUGCACAUCCACCUGGGGCUGCUCAGGGCGGUGGAUCAGACGGAGCUCCUCGACCUGGAGGAGUUCAAGGGGUGCAUGAUGAAAUCGAACGACGCGGAGAGGUGCCACGUGGCCGAGCACGCGCGCGGCCGGAAGGUGGGCGUGCGGCCCCACGAGAAGGGGUGGAAGAACGUGUACAAGAUGACCCCCGGGUACGUGACGACGGUGCUGGUCCGGUUUUCCUACAUCCACUCGAACGCGUCGUACCCGUUCGACGCCACGGCGGAGCCCGGCUACGUCUACCAUUGCCACAUCUUGGAUCACGAGGACAACGAAAUGAUGAGGCCUCUGAAGUUCAUCAAAUGAAGAGAAAGGCCCCCUGCAUGUUGCGCCGAAGAGGCCCCAAAACAAGGGUCAAUCUUUUUGGGCGACGUGCAUCGAUGGAGAACGUGUGCAUGGAUCAUGUCCAAGUAAAAAUAUAGAGUAGUGUCAGAAAUUGAUGCCAGAGAUGUUGGCUAUUUGUGUGUAUGUGUUUUAGGGUCGUGGAUGUUGGAAUAAUGAAGACAAAAGAGAGGAGAUAUACGUGAAAUGGAGCAAGUCAUAUAAAGAUUGAGAUACGGAGCCACCUGAUUUGAUU